AUGGAGAAAACUGAGUAUCGUACUGUCAUAAAGUACUUUCAUUUGAAAGGCAUGUCUCCAUCAGAAAUUCAUGAAGAUAUGGUGAGAAACUUAACAGACAAUGCUCCUUCAUAUGCAACAGUCAAACGCUGGGUAAAUGAAUUCCAGCGUGGCAGGGAGAGUGUAGAAGAUGAUCCCACACUAGGGAGGCCUCCAACUGCAACCACUGAGGACAACAUUGACCUUGCUCUUGGUAUGAUAAUGCAAGAUCAUCGAAUAUCAUGUCGCCAGAUAGCUGAGGGACUGGGCAUCUUAAAUGAAAGAGCAGACAACAUUGUGACAAAAGAACUUGGGUUCUCAAAGGUUUCUACACCGUGA